AUGGCCAUACCUUUCCGCUUCAAAGAUGCUCCGAGCGAGAGGACCGAGUUUGGUCACCCUGAUUUGGCCAUCACUUUGACGCUGCGCACCUAUGCUGAAGAUGGUUUGACUCGUGAGUCAUUUCGCCGCGUCCUGCAAUGGGCUGCAGCCAUUGAAGAUGACUUGCAGACUGGGGCUGUUCACAAAGCCGUCGCCAAAAGGUUGAAAAUUGCAAGGGCUGCAGAGGGCUUUACCUUGGAUGAUGAGAUGAUUGAUCUGCUUUGGCCAAAGCUGUGCCAGAAUUUGCAGGUUGUCGAGACUUUCCUGGAGGAGUUUGUUUUUCCCAAUGAAACUCGACAAUUUCCGUUCAAGGUAUCAUCAAGUGCAUGGGAUUUGGCUGCUGGGCGUUUGAGAGGAUUUCAGGCACAGCGGACAAUCGGCAGCUUUUGCCUCUGGGGGUGCAGCAGUAUGAGGACGACAUGGUGA